AACGCAAUAAAGAUAAAAAAUUCGGUUGAAGUUCAAGGACUCUUGACACAAAUCACAACAGCGCUGUCUUUGAACUUUCCUUAUCAGGAAAAUCUACAAGUUUCCGCAAUUUAAUAAUGAAAUACAAUGAGAAUAUUGAAAGAGAAAUCGUGUAGCAAAUUCUGAAAUCAUACAAAUCAAAUUGUAAUCACCAAGAAAUUUAUCUUAUCGAGAAGACUUAUGCACUUAUUCGAAAACAAAACCUAGUAGUGCUAGUGCUACCGAAGUGAUGAACGCGAUAAAAGUCAUAGUAGGUCUUGUGACCCUAGCCAUUGUCAAUGGACUUGAAUGGAGCUAUCUAGAUUUGACGGUGAACCCUUGCGAUGAUUUCUACCAAUACGCUUGUGGGAAUUUCAAAAAUGCAAGGCCCAAGCCUGAAGCUGACCCCCUUCUUGAUUUUUUCACGACGACUGAAAAUGCGAUGGUUGAGAUUGGGAAAGAAAUAUUGUCCAGUCCGAUUCGAAAACAGGAUCCUAGAGCUUUGAAUUUAGCAAAAACGGCGUAUAAAUCAUGCGUGAGAAUCUCAGAAGUUGAUUCUUUACCGUACUACCAGAAACCUGAAACUUUGAUUGUGAAAGAAUUCGGAAUGCCAUUGGUUGAUAAUCGCACGCUGACACAAGUCAAUUGGACACAAAUCGGGGAGAUUUCCAGCCGGUUUGGCAUCCAACAAAUGUUUUCGUUUUUGGUGAAAAACUUUAAUCCGGAGGACUACGCUCUGAUUAUGCUUCCAGAUAGUUUCGACGAACCCAAAAUGAUCAGACCCCAGCACAUCAAAACCCACGACCAAGUGAUCCAAGAGUCGUUCAAAAAUUUAGCAAAACGAAAAACCAAGCUAUUUUUAGGCGAAGAUCCCUUAAAUAAACUCAUUUUGGACAUUGCAAAAUAUCUAGUAACCGACAAACAUGACUUUGAAAUAAUCAGCGAGUUGCAAAAAAUCCAAAAUUUUGCAGCACAACUUUUUACCGGAGGAACCGUUGAUGGUAAUGUCACAAAACCGGAGGAUAUCCUGACUUUGGGGCAACUCCAGAACUGGACUGACGCCCAAUUUGGAGACUCUGUUACAAUCAAUUGGGUCGAUUAUUUCCAGGCACAGUUCGGACCAUCUGGGCUUAAUAUAACCGAAGAUUUCGUUGUGUAUUUAAUGGACCCUGCUUCAGUCUACGGUAUUUUGAACCUUACAAGGCACACUGAACCCAACACUGUCCAAAAUUUCCUCCUCCUGCGAAUUUUCCUGCACAUGGCACCAGAAAGUGACCAAGUGAUUCGGAGCGCCCUUGAAACCUUUUACAAAGCUUUGGGGUUGAAAUUCUACGACAGGCCUGAAUACUGUACAAGAAAAAUAAUCGAUGUUAUUGAUUCUGCAAGUCUUAGUUUUGCGGUAACGCAUGAUUACGUCCGUCACCACUUUAAUAACAAUAAAUUACGUAACGCUGUGCGGCUGAUUCACGAAAUCAAAAACGUGUUCAAUGAAAGUUUGAAAAAUAACGAUUGGGUUAAUGACGAGGAACGCAAUGCUCUCAUUUCGAAAUUAAAUAAUGUUGAAGUUUUCCUGGGAUUCCCCGAAUUUGUUCAAGACACGAAUAAGUUGGAUACGUUUUACGAAAAUGUCCGAAUUUGUGAAUGGGACAAUUACGGGAAUGCACAAAGAAUUCGCUCCUUCAAGCUGGCAUAUUAUUUUGCAGCUUUUAACAAUCAUAAACUAUGGGAGAUGUCGCCGUUUAAAGUGAACGCUUACGCGCAAAGAGCCAGCAAUAGAAUAAUGAUGCCACUUUCAAUGUUGCAUGAAACCUUCUACAAAGGCGAUAGUCUCACUUAUGACUACAGCAGGUUUGGGAGUAUUCUAGGCCAUGAGCUGCUCCACCAUUUUGACUCAACUGGGAUUCACUACAAUUUGAAUCAUUCACUUUCAAAUGCCACGACUCAGAUUUACAACACGAAAAAGCAGUGUCUUGUUGACCAGUUUAACGGCUAUUAUGUACCGGAACUUGGACGUAAUGUCGACGGUGAAGCGACUUUGAAUGAAAACAUGGCGGAUAAUGGCGGACUGAGACUUGCCUUCCAUGCUUGGAAAAAAUUAGUCGGGGACAAGUCUACAAAAAUUGCAGAGCAGUUGUUCUUUUUGGAUUUUGCUCAAUCGUGGUGUAGUCAGGAGUCGGUUGAGUAUUUGAGGGAUCUUGUCGAGAAGAACGACCAUUCUCCUAGUCGUUAUAGGGUUUUGGGAAUUGUUAGCAAUUUGGAGGAGUUUUCCAAGGCUUUUGAUUGUUCGGUGGGGAGUGGCAUGAACCCCCAAAAUAAGUGCACUGUUUGGUGAUUUAUAAUUAAUUAUUUUGGAUAACAAUAAAUUAAAUAAAUUAUGUAAGCGUUA